AAGUUGAUUACCCCAAGACGCAUCAGCCAAAGGUCCUUCUAUUUCUCUCUCUAUCUUUGUUUCAGCUGAGAGUUGGUAAUGGAUUCAUAAAUCUUGUUCAGAGUGCAUCCAUGGCUUCGGAGAAGAUUAGCUUGAUGGUUGUAUUUUGUGUUGUAAUUCUGCUUCUCCGUGAUGCUCCUUCUGUGAUAGCCGGAGACACAGUUCUCGACGACGAUUCAACUCCCAAGAAGCCCGGUUGCGAGAACCAGUUCGUUCUGGUAAAAGUGCAAACUUGGGUCAAUGGGGUAGAGGAUGCUGAAUUUGUUGGUGUGGGUGCCCGAUUUGGCAGAGCCAUUGUAUCUAAAGAGAAAAAUGCUCGGCAUACACGCCUUAUUCUUUCAGAUCCUCGAGAUUGUUGCAGUCCGCCAAAGAAUAAGAUUGUGGGAGAUGUUAUCAUGGUGGAUCGAGGCAACUGCAGAUUCACAAAAAAGGCAAAUACUGCACAAAAUGCUAAUGCUUCAGCUAUCCUCAUCAUAAAUAACCAAAAAGAACUUUACAAGAUGGUUUGCGAACCUGAUGAAACUGAUUUAAACAUACACAUACCUGCUGUCAUGCUCCCACUAGAUGCAGGUACAAGGCUGGAAAAAAUGCUGAUGAGUAAUUCAACUGUGUCUGUGCAACUAUACUCACCACUUCGACCAACUGUUGACAUAGCAGAAGUAUUUCUUUGGCUGAUGGCAGUUCUUACCAUAUUGUGUGCGUCAUAUUGGUCAGCGUGGGGGGCCCGAGAAGCAGCUAUUGAACAGGAUAAGCUAUUUAAGGAUGCUUCAGAUGAAGUCCCAAACACUAAAGAUGCAGGUGUUAGUGGAGUUGUAAAUAUGAACGCGAAAGCUGCAGUCCUUUUUGUUGUAGUUGCUUCAUGUUUCCUGUUUAUGCUUUACAAGCUGAUGUCGUCGUUGUUCAUUGAGGUUUUGGUUGUUCUCUUCUGUAUUGGUGGGGCAGAGGGCUUGCAAACUUGCUUGGUUGCUCUUUUGUCAAGGUGGUUCAAGCAUGCUGGCGAGUCAUACAUUAAAGUACCUUUCUUAGGAGCUAUCUCAUACCUGACUUUGGCUGUUUCUCCAUUCUGUAUAACAUUUGCCGUUCUCUGGGCAGUUUUUCGCAAUGAAUCAUUUGCCUGGAUUGGUCAAGAUGUUCUUGGAAUUGCACUGAUAAUCACGGUUCUACAGAUUGUACAUGUACCUAAUCUCAAGGUUGGUACAGUUCUUCUCAGUUGUGCCUUCGUGUAUGACCUCUUUUGGGUGUUUGUAUCGAAGAAGUUUUUCAAGGAAAGCGUGAUGAUUGUGGUUACCCGAGGUGAUAAAAGUGGAGAAGAUGGUAUUCCAAUGUUACUGAAGUUCCCGCGCAUUUAUGAUCCAUGGGGUGGUUACAGCAUUAUAGGUUUCGGUGACAUCCUUUUACCAGGAAUGCUGGUGGCAUUCUCACUCAGGUACGAUUGGCUGGCAAAUAAGAACCUUGCAAGUGGAUACUUCUUGUGGGCAAUGUUUGCAUAUGGCUUUGGUCUUCUUAUUACCUACGUGGCACUAAACUUGAUGGAUGGGCACGGCCAACCAGCACUACUAUACAUCGUUCCAUUUACCCUUGGGACCUUUCUGACAUUGGGGCUGAAGCGAGGAGAUCUGAAGGUUUUGUGGACAAGAGGAGAACCACAAAGACCCUGCCCACAUAUCAGACUCCAACACAGUGAAGAAUUAAACUCUGAAUGAAUACUGUAACUUGGACCUGUUUUGAUAUGAUAUGAUAUGAUAUAUUGGGUGUAUGUAAUGCAUGGCUGGCUGAUCUUCCGGAACUCAAAGGGCUUAACACCAGAGUUGAGUUGUAUGAAACUAAUCAGGGGCAGACUUAUAUAGAAAUAGUCUAUAUUUAAUGUAGAGUUUGUUUAGAAAAUUCUACAUGAUAGAAAUCUCUAAUGUCCUUCUCCUAUUAUGAUAUGAGCAGCCUGGUUUACUCUCACUGUCAUACUACCCAUGAUUGUCUAUACUGCAAUUGUAAUUCAUCUGUUGUGCUCUUGGAUUAUAUCAUUACAAAGAAUGAAAAACACAAAAAUAAUUGUCU